AUGGCUCGCGGUGGAAUAGCGGCGAGAGGUAAUAGCCGCCGUCGAUGCGGCAAGAACGCUGGAGGGUACGCCCAAGAUUUGAGGCGGCGGAGGGAAGAAGAGGGUGUGCAGCUGCGUAACCUCGGAGCUCCAGCAUCACACGGAGAAGGCGGCUCGGGACCCGAGCGAGCGGGAGUCAUGGUCGACGAGAUGGUGUCCCAGCUGUACGCCGACAGCCCCGAGCUUCAGAUACAAGCCAUUCAGUGCAUCGGCAAGCUCCUGUUGCAAGACCCGAAACCACCCAUAGACGACGUAUUGAGUACGGGCAUGGUGCCAAUGCUUGUCCCGUUGAUGCAGCGGGACGACCACAUCAUCCUGCAGUACGAGGCAGCCUGGUGCCUCAGCUACAUCACUGGUGGCACGUCGCUGCAGACGUGGCGCGUCGUCAAAGCCGGUGCCGUGCCUGUGUUCGUGUGCCUCCUGAGCUCGGAGAAAGAAAAGGUGCGGGAGCUGGCCGUCGUGGCGUUGGGCAACAUCGCCGUUUACUCAUCAGAGUGCUGCGACUACGUGCUCGACCAGGGCACCCUGAUGGCGCUGCUAGAGCUCUUCGAGAAGUCAAUGAGCGUCUUGAUGAAACGUCAAGUCACGUGGGCGCUCUCCAAUUUGUGCUGGAGAACGCCACGGUUCGAGAAGGUGCAGUCAUGCUUACCCAUCUUGUUGCGUGUGCUAUUCGCCCGCGACCCGGAAGUGCUGACUUAUGUUUGCCGCGUGCUAUCAUACCUAUCCUAUGGGCCGAACCACCAGAAACAGGUUGUGAUCGACGCAGGCGUUUGCAAGCGGCUCGUGAAACUCCUGACUCACAAAAUUCAAUCGGUAGUGUCGGAAGCGCUGCAGGCCAUCGGCCACAUCGUCACCGGAGACGACGUGCAAAUUCAGGAGGUUAUCAACUGUAACGCCCUGCCCUGCCUGCUAGCCCUACUCUCGUCCCCCGAGGAGUCCAUACGCAAGAAUGCGUGCUGGACACUCUCCAACAUCACGGCCGGCAACCAGCAGCAGAUACAGGCCGUCAUCGACGCCAACAUCUUUCCGGUAUUGGCAGGCAUGCUGUCUCGAGGCGAUCUAGAGAUCCAGAAGGAGGCCGCACGGGCCAUCACCAACGCCAUUUCGGGUGGCUCUCCGAACCAGGUGCGCUUCCUUGUGCAGCAAAAGUGCAUAGAUGCUCUGUGCGAACUGCUUAGUGCGGAAGACCAGGAAGUGGUGCAGCUGGCACUGAAUGGACUGGACAACGUUCUCCGGCUCGGCGCCCAAGACGCGCAGCCAGGGGGGGCCAACCCGUAUGCCGUGCUUCUGCUGAAGUGCUUUGGCAUGAACCACUUCGAGUUCCUGCAGUCUCACGAGUAUGCCUACAUCUACCCCGAAGCUUUUGAGGUGAUCAAGAGCUACAUCAACGUACUUGUAUAAGCAUGCUUGCCAACAAGUAUGCCGGCCAGUUACCGACGAAGUGUACGUUUCUACCAUAUACGCGCCUCGCCUGAGUGCAGUUAUGAUCGAUUGUUAUUUACAAAUACAUGACAGAAUUUUAUCACAUCUAUAACUAGAAAUCUGUCUGAUGUUUCUGAACUCAUACGUAGCUUACUUACUUUUUCUUCUAUGCAAGUUUUCUUCAGUGCUGCUUGUGCAAGACCUUGGGCCUGGGACCGCACCUAUACUAAAGCGACCGCCAGUGCACUUUCUUCAACGGGA